GAUCCGAAGUUGGCACCGGACAAAUGCACCAUAGUACACGUAUAGCGGAUCUACAAGGUGUCCUCGUCCAGGGACUACCAGAAUCAUCCCACUAUAAGGCCGUAGGGGUCCCAAAAACUUCAGCAUCGAGCAAUAAGACUACAUCAGGGAAACAAUCUAGCAGCUCGAGCGAGCUUGUGCCGUCAUCAGCUUCGGGGUCUAUCUUCCAGACGUCACGUCAGAAGAGAGGACGCAAUGCCAACGGAGAGGCAAUUGAUGGUAAUGACGACUCUCAGGACGAUAACGAUGAAGACCGAAGGCGAUACACGAAAGGAAAACGGCCUUGCUCAAGACCACAACCACGACUGAAAUGCCCAUUUUAUCAAAGGCAGCCCGAAAAGCAUGGGAAAAGAGCGGCGUGCAGGGGUCGAGGGUUUAUGGAUAUGGCAAAGCUAAAAGAUCAUCUGAAACGAGUCCAUUCACAACCCGUGCGAUGUCCACGAUGCUGGCAAGAGAUGGAGUCAGACGACGCCUAUGUAGUACACGCACAAAGGGAAGAGGGCUGUGAGAAGCUACCGGAGCCAUAUGACGAUCGCAUCAGCCGUCUAAAGUGGUCAAGUCUCGACUUCAAAACGGCGCCGUAUUCGCAACUCAAAAGUGGAGGAGAAAAAUGGAGAAAGCUUUACAAUGUACUCUUUCCGCAGGACACCGAGAUACCAUCCCCUUUUGAGGAGCUUAGAACGAGCGCUCAAUGGGAGAAAUUCCUCCCCGACGUGCUUUAUGAAGAGUUGAAAAAUGAACUUGGGCCGCUCCUAGAGCCUGUCCAAUCGAGGAUCAAAGAGAGAAUCCCCUUCAUCAUCCAGCGAUGCAAGGCUCAGAUGCUUUCCGUACCCCAAACUGAAACCAAUACAUCGGGGUCUUCCAGUCCAAUCUCAAACAGCCAAGAGGUGGUUAAUCAGGCUAUUACGGGCGCGUUUCACGAAUUGGACACGUACGAUUCUUUUACACGGCAUGACGUGAUACCGGCCGAAUAUAUCUCGAAUCUACCUCCUAGCAGCACUACGACAGAGCCGAACCAUUAUCCUCAAACUAAUUAUGGUCCCGAUUACAGAGCUCCAGACUUUGAUUUCUCUUGGUGUCUGGAAGACCGUCACAAUCGAGACCUUGAGGAAUCCAACAGCUUGGGGUAGCUAUUCUCUGCUGCCACUGACACUGGAUAUGGUGGCCAAAAAAGUCGAGCACUCCUUUGAAGAGGAAGGACAUCGAAGCUCCUGUGCGGAGGCUAGCGAGAUACUUGAAAUCAAUGGAACGAGGAGCUGAGGCAAGGAUUUGGUUGGUUUUGAUAUGGAAUGGGGAUAAUUGUAAAGAACUGGAGAAGGAUUUCGGUAGCAGAGCCUCCUUGCAAGUUUACUCAAGGAAGUUGAUGAUCUAGUGUAAAUAGCGAUUAGGAUAGAUGUUUUGGUGUCCUAUAUUGAAAAAAAGAACAGCGAUAGAAGCCAGCUUUUGGGACGGUACUCGUUUAUUUGAAAAAGGAUUAUUGCCAACCGCAGUAGAAAUUUAUUAACAUACCCG